CACAUAUGUCACAUUGCGAUUGACGUGUCGUCUGUUGUCCACCAUACUCAACAUUUGUACUGUUGGAAUAUAAUAUUGUAAGGUACUUGUUGACUACUAAACAAAACAGAAUUUUAACUAAUUCAAAAUGAGUCGCCGAGACAAGAAAGAAGACGAAGAUAGCGGAAACAGUUUCCAAAAUCUGGAUAAAACAACUCUCUUGCAAGAAGCAAGAUACUUUAACUCGACGCCAGUGAAUCCCAAAAAAUGUAUACAUAUUCUUACGAAAAUUCUGUAUUUACUGAACCAAGGGGAAAAGUUGACUACUCAGGAAGCAACUGACAUAUUUUUUGCUACGACAAAGCUAUUUCAAUCGAAAGAUGUAGUGCUACGCCGGCUGGUGUAUCUGAGUAUCAAAGAACUGAGUUCAAUGGCGCAAGAUGUGAUAAUUGUGACAUCUUCCCUCACCAAGGACAUGACAGGCAAGGAAGACCUGUACAGGGCUGCGGCUAUUCGAGCACUAUGCACAAUAACUGACAGCACUAUGCUGCAAGCUAUUGAACGGUACAUGAAGCAGGCAAUAGUGGACAAAAACCCUGCCGUGAGCUCGGCAGCACUUGUGUCUGCUCUCCACCUGUCAGCUAGUGUGCCUGACCUUGUUCGCCGCUGGGUGAUGGAAGCUCAGGGUGUUAUAACAUCGGACAAUGCAAUGGUUUCAUACCAUGCUUUGGCUGUGGUAGCUGGAGCCCGACGCAACGAUCGCCUUUCUACAGUGAAGCUGGUCACAAAACUGGCAAGGACGCCUCUACGAUCACCAUUCGCACUCUGCUUGCUGAUACGUCACGCAGCCAAGUUGGCUGAAGAGGACCAAAGCGAUGCUUCAGAACCUUACAUGGAGUUCAUUGAAUCUUGCUUGCGCCAUAAAUCUGAGAUCGUGGUUUAUGAAGCUGCACAUGCAAUUGUCAACUUAAGAAAAUCUGCCCGAGAUCUUGCCCAAGCUGUUUCGGUCCUUCAAAUAUUCUGUGGCUCAUCUAAAGCUACACUACGCUUAGCGGGUGCUCGCACAUUGGCAAAACUCACCACUAAACACCCUAACGCCGUAGCUGCUUGCACUGUUGAUUUGGAAAAUCUUAUCUCUGAUCCUAAUCGUUCAGUUGCGACAUUAGCUGUAACUACUCUGCUAGCAACUGGAGCAGAAAGCUCCAUUGAUCGUCUAAUGAAACAGAUUUCAAGCUUUAUGUCUGAAAUAUCUGAUGAAUUCAAAAUCGUCGUUGUACGAGCCAUUAGACGUCUUUGUUCUAAGUACCCGAGAAAACACCAAUCUCUUGCCUCAUUCCUGGCUGGUAUGCUCCGCGAUGAAGGAGGACUUCAAUACAAAACUGCAAUUGCUGAUGCUAUCAUUGCACUCGUGGAAGAAAACCCAGACGCCAAAGAAACAGGCCUAGCACACCUUUGUGAAUUUAUUGAAGACUGCGAACACGCCUCUCUAGCUGUACGCAUUUUACAUAUUUUAGGUCGUGAAGGACCAAAGGCUCGUCAGCCAUCUCGUUAUAUACGAUACAUUUACAAUCGAGUUAUUUUGGAGUCAGGUCCAGUUCGUGCUGCUGCCGUUUCUGCUGUUGCUCGUUUUGGUGCAGCACGCUCUGAACUGCUGCCAAAUAUUAGAGUUUUAUUGGCUAGAUGUCAACUAGAUGAUGACGACGAAGUUCGCGAUCGUGCUAUAUAUUAUAGUGCAAUUCUAGAUUCUGGAGAUGGACAACUCAUCAAUGAUUAUAUAAUUAAUGUGCCUAUACCUAACCCGGUACUUUUAGAGAGGGCACUGUACCACCACAUAAAUUCUGGAAACACCGAACCCUUCAACAUUGCUACUGUUCCCACUCUUGAAGAAGAUACACAAGAAACUAAGGAAACUCCUGUGGAAAUCGAAACACGGGCACCGACCGUGUCUCGCGAAGAGCAAUACGCCGACCAGUUGAAAGUUAUUCCAGGUAUUGAGAAAUUGGGACCAAUAUUCAAAACCUGUGAUGCUGUUGAUUUGACUGAACCAGAAACCGAAUAUCGCGUUCAAUGCGUUAAACAUAUUUUCGCACGUCAUUUGAUUUUCCAGUUUGAGUGCGUUAAUACGUUAAGCGACCAGCUUCUUGAAAAAGUUCAUAUACGUUUGGAAGCUGCUCCCGGUUACAAGGUGCUGGCUGAAGUUGCUUGUGAGCAACUGCCCUAUGAUAAACAAGGUAGUGUAUUUUGCCUUUUGGAAUUCCCUGAAAAUCCGAUCGAAACGUUGGGAACAUUCGGAGCCACACUCGAAUUUGUUGUACGCGACUGCGACCCCACUACAGGUCUGCCGGAUACUGGUGAGGGUUAUGCGGAUACAUAUCCGUUGGAAGAGAUAGAAGUUAGUUGUGCUGAACAAUUUCGCACACGCGCUGCUACUGAUGAUUGGGAAGCAUCUUGGGAGAGAGCUGCCGCUGCGCCAGAAGCGUGCGAUACAUUUGGAUUAUCACAAACUGACGUCGGCGAGGCUGCCAAAGCAGUGUGUGAGCACUUGGGACUACCAAAGGCAGCCAUUACUGGCGACGCAGUGAAAGAGAUCCGCGGUGGAGGAAUAUGGCGCGCGGGCACACCAGUGCUCGUAAGAGCCAGGCUGGUGGUUGCUGGGGGAGCUGUCACUAUGCAACUAGUGGCACGUUCACCACGCGAGGACAUUGCCACUUUGUUGUUAGCCGCUGUUGGUUAAUUCACUUUGGAACAAUCAUUUUACAUUUUUGAAUUACUUAUAUUUUCUCCUUCGGGAAUAAAAUUACCUAGAUUAUUAUGAUACAUUUAAUAUCAUAGUGGGUCCUACCUAACAAUGUCGUACAUUUGAAAUUUAAAAUACAUUUCACUAUAUCUAUAUGUAAUGCAUAAAUAUCGAAUUUUAAAGGAAAUUUUGUAAAAUUUUACACAUUCCUAUAUCUUAGUAAUUACAUAUUAAUAUAUAUUAAACUGAUUGUAAUCGUGAAGUCUGUAUUUCUAUAAGGUAGACUGUAGUAAUGUUCUGACUUCUGAUCGAAAUGGACAACCUACCUUGGCAUGAUUAUAAUUGAAGAAUUGUCAUUGAAAACAUACUAUUAUAUACAUUUACAAUAUACUAAGAUUUACUGAUGACGUUUUAAACAUCUUAUUACUAUUCUACUUCAUACUACAUACAACAAUUUGUAAUUAAUGAUUUUUCUCAAUAAAGGCCUUUUAACCAUA